CAAACUUAUUGGGGCGUUACUUAAAAUAAACGAGUUCGUAAUAAUUAUAUUACAAUUAAAUGUAAAAUAAUUUUACUUUAAUCUUUCAUAGUGCACCUUAAGGGGAGCAGCCCUGAAUGAUAAACAUGAUAGUUGCCGUAAAACACCGUAGAGGAAGGAGAUUGUCGGUACAUUCUGCCGUACAGUCCGUCGUACAGUCCGUCUGACGUAAGGCCGUCGUCAGUUGGUGACGCUGUGUCUCUUUGUUGGCUUAGCAGCAGCGACAGUUUGUUGUUAUUUUCGCUGCAGCUGAAAUCAGGCUCGAGCUAAUUUUUGUUCUUCAAGCUACAUUUUCCUACACCAUAGACCUUCAGGUGUGCUUGUCACAAGUUGAUAACCACCUUAGGAAUGGACUCAGACGAAGGAUAUAACUAUGAGUAUGACGACGAAGAGGAGGAAUGUAGCGAAGACAGUGCCGAAGAGGAGCCCGAGGACGACACCCUGGAGCUCGGUGAGGUGGAGUUGGUCGAUCCCGUGGUGGCCGGUGGGGAGCGAGAUGAGUGCGCCGACACUGGCGGAGGCAGCCACGGUCCGGGCGAAGAGGAGGAAGAGGACUACCGUUUUGAGGUGUUAACUGCUGAGCAAAUCCUCCAGCAUAUGGUGGAGUGUAUCAGAGAGGUCAACGAGGUUAUCCAGAAUCCUGCAACGAUAACGCGCAUCCUUCUCAGUCACUUCAACUGGGAUAAAGAAAAGCUCAUGGAAAGGUAUUUUGACGGUAAUCUGGACAAGCUUUUUUCUGAGUGUCAUGUCAUUAACCCCAGUAAGAAGUCUCGCAUUAGGACCCCAAUAAACACUAGGUCAUCGGCACAGGACAUGCCAUGUCAGAUCUGCUAUCUGAACUUCCCAAACUCCUUUUUUACAGGCUUGGAGUGUGGACACAAGUUCUGCAUGCAGUGCUGGGGAGAUUACCUGACCACCAAAAUCAUAGAAGAAGGAAUGGGACAGACCAUUUCUUGCCCUGCCCAUAGUUGUGACAUUUUGGUUGAUGACAACACAGUCAUGCGUCUCAUUACAGAUUCAAAAGUAAAGUUGAAGUACCAGCAUUUAAUUACAAAUAGUUUUGUAGAGUGCAAUCGACUGUUAAAGUGGUGCCCUGCACCAGACUGCCAUCACGUUGUCAAGGUCCAAUACCCAGAUGCCAAGCCAGUAAGGUGCAAGUGUGGCCGUCAGUUCUGUUUUAACUGCGGAGAGAAUUGGCAUGAUCCAGUUAAGUGUAAGUGGCUGAGAAAAUGGAUCAAGAAAUGUGAUGAUGACAGUGAAACUUCAAACUGGAUUGCAGCAAACACCAAGGAGUGUCCAAAAUGUCACGUGACCAUCGAGAAAGAUGGUGGCUGCAAUCAUAUGGUUUGUCGAAACCAGAACUGCAAAGCUGAGUUCUGCUGGGUCUGCUUAGGUCCAUGGGAGCCCCAUGGCUCUGCCUGGUACAACUGCAAUCGCUACAAUGAAGAUGAUGCCAAGGCAGCCAGAGAUGCUCAAGAGCGCUCCAGGGCAGCCUUGCAGAGGUACCUGUUCUACUGCAACCGCUACAUGAACCACAUGCAGAGCCUGCGCUUUGAGCACAAGCUCUACGCUCAGGUCAAGCAGAAGAUGGAGGAAAUGCAACAGCACAACAUGUCCUGGAUUGAGGUGCAAUUCCUGAAGAAGGCCGUGGACGUGCUGUGCCAGUGCCGAUCAACCCUUAUGUUCACCUACGUCUUUGCCUUCUACCUCAAGAAGAACAACCAGUCCAUUAUUUUUGAGAACAACCAGGCAGACCUGGAAAAUGCCACAGAGGUGCUGUCUGGAUACUUAGAGAGAGACAUAUCCCAGGAUUCAUUGCAGGAUAUCAAGCAGAAAGUACAAGAUAAGUAUAGAUACUGUGAGAGCAGGCGAAGAGUGCUGCUACAGCACGUUCAUGAAGGCUAUGAGAAGGACCUGUGGGAGUACAUUGAGGAUUGAGGACACGUCCCAGUGCAACGGACUCUUGAGUAUCUUGACAAACUAGAGCGCUGAUGCAAUUUAACAGGCAGCACGGGCCUUCUGCCUCCUCUCCUUUGGCAAAACAACCAUUUUUGCAUCAUUUUUCCUGGAUUUGUUAAACAGAAUCUUAAAAAUAAAUUCUAUUUAAAUAAAAAAAAGGUAGAGUACUAAAACAAAGGUGUACUACAGUAUUGUUAGCAACAGAGUGGCGUCUUGAGAAAGCUGAAAAUCCAUCUUCAACGAAUCUUUUGGCUUGUAUUGCUACACCUCCCCUGAACCAUUUUAUUUUCUUUUUUUUUGCUUGUGAAUCUUUUUGUUUUGAUUACCCGCCCACUACCCUUACUCCCCAAUAGUGUGAAAAUGUUUUCAACACAGCUUUAAUUGUCCUGAUCAUGUCUGCUCCCUGUGGUGAGAACCUUAUCUGGGUGGCUGAAUGCUGAUUGGCUGAUUGCAAAAGGGGCAAAGAUAUUUCGGGGGGGAGGGAGAGAUAAAAAAAAAGUCAUUAAAAGAACAAAAUAGCCGGUCUGUAUUUUUCAAUUUGUAAAUAGUCCAUAUGCAUGGAAGUUUAAGAGCAAGAGUGACACGUGUUUGAUUUUCUUUGGGGGGGGGGAUUUUUGAAAUAUUUAUUCUUUACCAAUAACAACAAAAGUGUACUUGACCUUGAAAGUGGGCACUGUCCACUCCCUCCAUGGUGUUUGGGGAUUUGGUCUUUGGCAAUAAGGCAUUCGCCCUCUCAUCUUCGGUCUCUACAGAGCAGCGCACACUUAGGCCACAUCAGUGAAUAUAAAUGGAGACUGAAAGAGGGACAUUUUUUUGAAGUUGCUGAAGAUGAUCAGAUAUGAGUUUUACAGUUCAAAGGAAAGGUUGAGUGCUCUGGGCCCAGUGUUUUUCUCUUCUAACCAUUUGCUGUUCCUUAUUAGUUGUUUUUUAGAGGUGUUUAACAUUUAAGAAAAUAACUAAUUAUUUGUAAGAGCCAAACUGAGUGACAUUCACUCUUUUUUUUUCUCCCGUCUCUUCUCCCUCUUUCCCGACUUGGACUUGGAGUAGCCUUCUUUAAGCUUAGCUCGCACGUUGGGAAUUGACUCAGAGUGGUAGAAUGUACUGACGGCACAGCUUUGUAGUGCUGCUGCUAAUUGGGCUGGACGCUGUCAAACAGGGUCAGGCGUUCCUAUUGCUCCUGGAGGGAAUACCGGAUGGACCCGCGGCACGGACUGAUGGCGGACGCUCCUCUUUGAAGAGAUCUCUGGUUCACAGUGAGACUGAAAGUUGCUUUAAACAGAGCUGCACAGAUAGACUGAUGUGAUCCUUACAGGCAGAAGAGGAACUUAGGGCAAGCUUCUAGAAGUUGUAGGACCGUUAUAUAAAGCUGUAAUGCUUUUGGCAUUGAAGACUUUUCGCACAUGGGUUAAGGAUUGGACAUUAAAAUGUCAGUGCCCCACGCUGGUUUUACAUUGUUCAGGAUGGUGGUUGCUCUGGUUGUGAAGCUCUUAGAUUCUUCAUGCGCUUUCAUGUCUUUGGAACACGGCAGUCUUCAUAAGAUUGACUGGAGGCGACAGGAAAACGCAGGCACCGACGCAAGUCAGAAGACGACACCAAAGUGUAAGCCAUCAUUAAAAACACAUCCUUUGACCCAGUUUCAGACCGUUGGGGAAUUCUCGCCCAAAUGCUUCUCAUGUGUUAAAACUUAUUAUUAUUUUAUCCUAGCAAAUUAUAAAACUGUAUUGUUUAUUUGAAUAAAUGUCAUGAGAAAUCCAAUCUUCUUGGGGUUCUGUGUGAGUCAUUAGAGUAGGUUUGGUCUUAAUCCAAGUAAAAACUGAAAACACCCACAAUGCAUUUCUGUGCUAUGUUUUUGUAGUGUAUGACAGAAAUGAACAGGUCUGUAUCUUCUGGGAGACUUUUAUGUUAAUCUUGUCACCUCUUGAACUUUUUGUUUUACUUUCACAGUAGAGUUGAUUCCUAUCACCAAUACUUCAGUGAAGACCCUGUUGUGUGUCAUUUUGCCUUGCAUAAAAAAAUAAUGGUGAGAAUUUGAAAA